UGUCGUUCUUCCACAGUAAUUGUCACAGAAAAGACAAAUAUACUCUUGCGUUACCUACAUCAGCAGUGGGACAAAAAGAAUGCAGCAAAGAAAAGAGAUCCUGAGCAAGUGGAAAUAGAAGGUGAAAACUCUGCCCCACCUCGCAAAAUUGCCCGGACAGACAGCCAAGAUAUGAAUGAGGACACUUAAAAUUCUCUCCAGUCUUCUGUGUUAAAAUUUACAGGCGCUUCCUGUGUGGGUUUUAUUUUUUUAUUUUUUUUUCUGUGUGUCUUUCAGUGUGUACACAGGCACGCACAUGUACAUACACACUCACGCACA